GCAAAACCUAACACAAGACAUGAUACAAAUAUGUAAAUCAAAUACAAGAAGCCAAAAACCAGAAACAAGAACAAACAAAACAAGAGUCAUGACAAAUACAGGUCAUGGAUGUGGAUGAAAAGAACCAGAUCAUCACCACGAACGCCUGGCUGCAGAUGCAGUGGUACGACCACUACCUCCAGUGGAACCAGUCAGAGUAUCCUGGAGUAAAGAACCUCCGUUUCACUCCUGACCAGGUCUGGACCCCUGACAUACUGCUUUACAACAGCGCUCAUGAUAAGUUCGAUGCCACCUUUAAGACCAAUGUGCUGGUAAACUCCAGUGGAUUCUGUGAGUAUCUGCCUCCAGGUACGUUUUUUUUUUUUUUUUUUUUUGUUAAUUAAUCAGCAUCUUGUCCUCAAAACUAAACUAUGUCUUCAGUCAUUCUGCAUCCAUACAGAAUUAUUCAAGCUGCAGCAAAUGAAUUACUGCAAUCCAAUAUUUUCCUCUUCACCUACCUCCAGAUGGCUGCACCAACAACAUUUUAAUCAAGUUUCCCUUCAUUACAUCCUGGGAUGAUUUUACUUGACUUUGAAAAAAUUGAAAAAUUACUUGCCAUUUUCCCCCUUUGCCCCUACCCCUGUGUGCAUGACAUUAUGCUGUUUUAACAAAACCUGAAAUAUCAAUACCAGCUACUCUCUCUGUUCAUGAGUUCAGUUCCUUCUCGGGCUACAAAAC